CUUGGCCAGCCCGGGGAAGCCCCAUGCGUCCUCCUCCUUAAGUGGCUCGCCAUGCCACUAGCCCUCUUGGCUACUCCCCAGCACCCAAUCCCAGCCCGACGAGAGAGGCUCGCCUUCCUGGUGCAUCCCCUUUGCAAGCAUCGGUCACAUGCUCGGCUCUCGUGUGGCUUUUAAUCUCAUCCAGGCUUCCUGCGAGAGACAGAGAGGGAGGGAGGGAAAGAGAGAGCAACGGGUCGGGGAGACCGAUAAGGGACGAACCCGCCCGCCCGGCACGGAGUGAGACCGGGGCACGCUCCGACGCACGGCCCAAGCAAGCUCGGGUUGCAUCCGGAUCGCUUGGCGAGGUCUGGUGCGGAUUGCAAACGGCUCGCCCUGCGCCUGCCGCGUUUCUUUUCCUCCCCGUGCAAAGGUGGCUUUUUUGCAGGUUUGAAUCUCGCGACUGGCUCAAUGGAAGAUGAGGCCGUUCCUGCCCUCUUCCUUCCUCCCCCAUUCCCAGAAGAAACGACGGAGUGAAAGACCUGGGGCAUGAAUCCACCGCAGCCGGUCCUUGCGCACAGCAGCCAUGCUCCCACGACCUCUGCAGCCAUGGGGGAGGCUGUGCCGUUGGUCCAACCCGUUUGUCCAGCUGCUCGCCUUGACCGUUGUGACCUUUGGCGUGCUGGCACCGUUGACUUGCGACCAGCUGCUCUACUCCUAUUACUUCAUUCGAAGCUGGUAUCUGAACCCGAUGAGCCAAGAGUUCGUAAAGCAGAACCAAGAGGACGGUCUGAGCGCCCUCCGUUACUUUGAGAGGCUGCAGACGCCAAAUACGUCAGAAAGGCUGGGCAGCGAGGUCUUCCAUCCGUGGUUGCUGAUUACCAUCAUUACGGUGCAGAGGCCUCCCGAAUUCCACUACGUCCUGCAGGUGGCGUCCCGUUUCCACCGCCUCCUCCAGGAAUGUGGCCCGCCUUGCCGUCACCACCAGAUCUUGCUCUGCAACGUGGAAACGGAUCCCGGCAGCCACCAGGACGCCCAGCUGCUCUCCAAUUUCAUGGCCGUGGUGAACCACUAUGGAGGCCACAAGAAGGUCGAGCCGGGAAUGAACCAGUUUGAAAAGGAAAAGCAGGAUUAUACCUAUUGUCUCGAGAAGUCGCUGCAGACCUACGACCCGGAGUACGUACUGCUGGUGGAAGAUGACGCUGUUCCCGAGGAAGAGAUAUUUCCGGUCUUGCAGCAUCUGUUGCAGACGCGGUUCUCCAAAGCGCACUUACGAGAUGCCCUUUAUGUGAAGCUCUACCAUCCGGAGAGACUGCAGCGUUACAUCAACCCAGAGCCCAUGAGGAUCCUCGAAUGGCUCGGAGUGGGCAUGUUCUUUGGGUCGCUGUUGGGCCUUGCCUAUGCCUGGGCCUCCGGCCGCUCCAGCCUCGUUUGGCCGAUUGUCCUGUUCUUUGCCGUGUACAGCAUGCUGCUGGUGGAGUUGGUGGGACGCCACUACUUCUUGGAACUUCGCCGCCUGGCCCCUCCGCUCUACAACGUCGUGCCUGUCACAGAGUGCUGCACCCCCGCCAUGCUGUUCUCUGCCUCUUCUGCCCGCCGUGCCUUGGGCUACCUGAAAGAACUGCGCUGCCGCCGGGGCUUUGCCAAAGAUACCGCCCUUUACUCGCUCUUACGCGUGAGAGGGGAACGGGCAUUUGUGGUGGAGCCCAAUCUGGUCCGGCACGUGGGGAUUUUUUCUAGCGUCAGGAGCUAUAACAACCUCAAACUGCUCUGAUGCUGGAAAGCUUACUCUGUGUGUGUGUGAGUGUGUGUGUGUGAGAGAAAGGCUGAUUCUGCAUGGGCCAAAAACAGCAGUGUGAAAAUGGCGUAAAAGGGUUUAAAACAGUGGCUGAUUCCGCAUGGACCAAA